AUGGCGUCCUCUCUAGGUUGCGUGGCAGCUUUUGUCCAAUUUCCCUCUCCACAUAUUUUCCUGGAUGUUCUUUCUUACAAAGUGACUGAAGGAGAUUCUCUCAAGAUAGCGUGUUUGGCCCCCAGUAAAUAUGUGGAUGGUUGGGUUUUUUUGUUCAAGAAUAAUGAAUCCAAGGCCCUGAAGACUUUGCCUGCUCUAGAGGCUGAGCAUAAUGUUACCUUCCUUCUGGAAAAUGUCAAGACUAGAGAUGGGGGCUGGUAUAGAUGCCAGUAUAGGUUCUACAAUGGAAGCCAGUUGCAGGAGUCUGAAUUUAGCCGGGUGCUGGAGAUUACAGUGAAGGGUAAGUGUUUCUCAAACAAUUUCUGGAGAAGAAGAAAGAAGAAAAGAGACCUGAAAUCCUGCUGGGCAGAAACAAGCUAUCCCACCGCAGAGACAUCCUUUGACAACUAUAUGUUCAUCAUUUCAGAGCACUUCUGCUGUGCACGGCUGUCCCUCUCGCCCAUGCAAUCGCUCUCUGCGCUGUCGCUGCAGAAGUCAGGCAACGGGGGCAUGUACCGGGGCAGCUUGGGCGAGAAGGUGAGCUUCAUAGGGCUGGACCCCGGCACCCCCGAGUCCUCCCAUGACGGGGACCUGCUGAUUGAGGGGGGCAGCGGCGGCAGCAAACGCAGCUUGAUCCUCAGCAAGCCCUGUUUGCCCACUUCCUGCCCAAUGCCGCUGCCAUGA